CUGAGAUCACGUCUCGUCAGAGGGCGAUGAUCCGGAGUCUAAUUUUCAAAUUUGUCAGAAUUUUAUUUUUCGUUCAGUUUUUUGUUGUAGUGCCAAAGUGUUCGAUUUUAUGUUUUAAUUCCAUCCAGGUAAGAAAAACCAAUGAGAAAACUCCUUGAAAUGAAUCUCGCAUUUUUAAGCUAAAUUCAAAAAAUUAAAACAAAAUCCAAUUAUAUACAGAGACAGUGGCACCGCUAGCACGGACUACAAGUAUGUCAUCCUGUGCUGGCUACCAUACGCCAAUCGAAGAUGAAGUUGCCGCAUCGGAACUACCGUCGGAUUUCGGUCGUAGCGUUUCAAUUCUGAAUGCACAAGCCCCGUCUCCAAUGUCAGCUGUGCUAACGGUUUCGCUGGAUGGAUACUUGGACCAUCAACAGAUAUCUUAUGGUUCGCCACCGAGUUCCGAUAUAGCCGUUCGUCGUGGACCGAGUUCGGAGGAAUCUUAUCCCGUUUUUUCGCCGUUGCCAACCGACUAUCGGGAACAGUGUACACAAACGCAGACUCUUACUGUUACUCCAGCCGUUCCGCCGGUCAAUUCAAAUACACUCCAACCUGGACCGCGAGGUCAUCGAAGACAGUCCAGCGUGAAUACAGUUUCAUGGACGGAUCAAGGAGACUCUAGCAUCGGUCGCAGUCGACCCCUAUCGAACAACCUUGACCCAUCCGAUGAAAAAGAUGAAAUUGAACAAGUUACGUUGCGUGCAAAACCCGGACACCGUCGACAAUCGAGCGUUGGCAUAUCGUGGAAUAAAUUCGAAGAUACGCGUCGGCGAUCCAGUUACGCUUCUUGGGCACGAGAUGACGACGAUGGAGAUGAUUAUGAGGAGAUAUCCCGGUCGACACGGACACGCAGUCGGCCGUGCAGUUGGGGACCGGUUGGAGAAUUCUAUUUCCGUGAAUCGAUGUGUUUGUCGGAAACGGAUCGGUCAAUGCUGUCGCAUCAAGCAUGUAAAGGAUGACUUUUUUGAACCAUCUUUUUUUGCACUGAAAAUAUUGCUAGUAUUGCACAGCACCAACUGGUUCACAUACACUACCAAUAUUCCAAACGAAUGUACAGAUGUAAAAAAGGCUGAAUUCUGCUAAAUAAGGAAAUGAUCGAUUCCACUCGCUGAUUGUUCCUGCUCUCUUGCAAAUUGUGUAUAAAGCUUCGCUUAUUUGCUCUCAACAUUUUUUUACACGAUUUUUUUGUGUUCUUUCAAACUAUGUAGAACGAGAAGCCACGGAUAGUCGAGU